AUGAAGAGAGACCACCAACAACAUCUUGGCAAGACUAUGAAGGAAGAAGAAGAUGGUAACGGCAUGGACGAGCUUUUGGCCGUGCUUGGUUACAAGGUGAGGUCGUCGGAAAUGGCGGAGGUUGCUCAGAAGCUUGAGCAGCUUGAAGUGAUGAUGUCUAAUGUUCAGGAAGACGAUCUCUCUCAGCUCGCCACCGAGACCGUACACUACAAUCCAUCGGAGAUUUACACGUGGCUCGAUUCCAUGCUCUCCGACCUCAAUCCUCCGUCUUCUGCCACCGACUACGACCUCAAAGCUAUUCCCGGCGACGCGAUUUUGAAUCAGUUCUCGAUCGAUUCGUCUUCCUCCUCGAACCAAGGCGGAGAUACGAACACCAACAAGCGGUUAAAAUGCUCUAGCGCUGAUUCCAUGGCUGUUUCUUCAUCCACGGCGGCGGCGACGAUGAACGGCGUCGCGGAGACGACGCUGACCACCGCAACGGCUGAGUCAACUCGAGCUUUAGUCCUGGUGGACUCGCAGGAGAACGGCGUGCGUCUCGUCCACUCGCUUUUGGCCUGCGCUGAAGCCGUACAGAAGGAGAAUCUAGCUAUGGCGGAAGCUCUGGUGAAGCAAAUCGGAUUCUUAGCUGUGUCUCAGGUCGGAGCGAUGAGAAAAGUCGCUACGUAUUUCGCAGAAGCUCUCGCGCGGCGGAUCUACCGUCUCCGUCCGACGCAGAGCCCGAUCGACCACUCUCUCUCCGAUACUCUCCAGAUGCACUUCUACGAGACCUGUCCUUACCUCAAAUUCGCACACUUCACGGCGAAUCAAGCCAUCCUCGAAGCUUUCCAAGGUAAGCAAAGGGUCCACGUCAUCGAUUUCUCCAUGAACCAAGGUCUUCAAUGGCCGGCGCUUAUGCAAGCCCUCGCGCUUCGACCUGGUGGUCCUCCGAUUUUCCGGCUUACCGGAAUCGGUCCUCCGGCACCGGAUAACUUCGAUUACCUCCAUGAAGUUGGUUGUAAAUUGGCUCAUUUAGCGGAGGCGAUUCACGUAGAGUUCGAGUACAGAGGAUUCGUCGCCAAUACGUUAGCCGAUCUCGACGCGUCGAUGCUGGAGCUUAGACCGAGCGAGAUCGAAUCGGUUGCGGUUAACUCUGUUUUCGAGCUACACAAGCUCCUGGGACAACCAGGCGCGAUCGAGAAAGUCCUUGGAGUGGUGAAUCAGAUUAAACCGGAGAUUUUCACCGUGGUGGAACAAGAAUCGAACCACAACAGUCCGGUUUUCUUAGACCGGUUUACCGAGUCUCUCCAUUAUUACUCGACGUUGUUUGACUCUUUGGAAGCAGUGCCUAGUAGCCAAGACAAGGUUAUGUCGGAGGUUUACUUGGGGAAACAGAUCUGCAACGUUGUGGCUUGCGAUGGGCCUGACCGGGUUGAACGUCACGAGACGCUGAGUCAGUGGAGAAACCGGUUCGGUUUUUCAGGGUUUUCGCCUGCACAUAUCGGUUCGAAUGCGUUCAAGCAAGCGAGCAUGCUAUUGGCUCUGUUCAACGGCAGCGAAGGUUAUCGGGUGGAGGAAAGCGACGGUUGUCUGAUGUUGGGUUGGCACACUCGGCCGCUCAUAGCCACUUCGGCUUGGAAGCUCUCCACCAAUCAGAUGGUGUCACACUGA